AUCUUCUGAUUACCUUAUCUCGAAGCUAGGUAUUGAUGCUAAUUAGCUCUUCUACAAGAGGUCAUCAAUUCAUAUACUAUAUAAGACCUAAAUGAACACAAUACCGGAGAAAAAAUUCAAGAUCAUAUAAUCAAAAGCAAUCCAAGAAAGGAAUUAAUUCUCUUCAAACACAUGUCAAACCAAGUUCUAUCUCUAUCAACAUCAAUGAUUUCACAAAACCAUGCCAUUGAUAUUGAGGAGGCGAUUAUCGUGGAACAUGUUAAGGCUACACAUGAUCCCAGAGGUGAAAUGGAUGUCGAUGCAAGUUCUAUUCUCAAUUUCGUUGAUGACAUUUUCAACUCCGGAUCCAAUACGAUUCUUCAAGAAGCAACGCAAGACAAGUUAAUGCUAAAAGAGUACAUCCAGAAUGAGAUGCCAUCUCAUGUAUUACAACUCUCCUUAAAGGUGGUAGCGUGUAGCUGUUUAAAUAAUACUGAUAGUCACUCAAUAGCAAUUUGUCUACUAAGUGCACUAUCAGUGUAUCCAUGGCACACUAAGGUAGUAAUGAUGCUCGCUUCAUUUGCGAUCAUCUAUGGAAAGUUGGUUCUUUCAGAGCAAAUGUCUUGCUCUAACCGUAAAAAUUUAAAGGAUACCUCAAUAAAGUCUGUCUUGGAUCUGGUCAAGCUUAUGGUUGAGCUUAAACAUUCAUCUCCUAUGAUUGUGGCUAACUAUUGGAUAGCAAGAUUUGUUGUUGCUUAUACCCGACUUUGUAUUUUGGACCCCGAGUCCCAAAUUGAACUAACUGAUGAACAGUCCAUGUUAUCCACCAAAAUCAAAGAGAUCAUGACUUCUGGCCACUCACUACUAGAGGCGAAAAGGAGAGAAGAAAAUUAUCAAGCAUUGUUACAUGCUUUUAAUAAUUCUUCGGAUGUUUUGGAGGUUCUUAAAUUAAUAUUUGAUAUCAAAAAUGAUGAAGACAAAGUAAUUCUUUAUCUCCACUGGGUGUUUUAUGAGAGACCUAGUUGUUCGACUUAUAUAUCAUCAUAUGGUGCAAAAAAGAGAAUUUCCGCACGUCAAUUAGAUAUGUUUCGAAGGGAGGGAGAAAAGAUAAUUUUCCCACGUGGAUUACAUAUGUUUCGAGAGAAGGGAGUGUUAUUGUUAAUAUCAUCUGGCGAACAUUUCCCUUUUUAUGCAUAUGAUGUGCCUAUAGACCCUAGAGGAGUAGAGAUGAUUUGGGUUCCUAUUACAAAGGUUGAGAAGAUGGGUAUACAAAAAAUUUAUCAUUAUAUAGACUCUUCUAAAAAGAGUAUAAUGGUUCAUCAUAAACCAGUUUCACAAGCAUUCAGAAGAUUUCUUAAAGAUAAAUGUUUCCCCGCUUUUCAAGCCGGUAGUGAUCCUAUUGUCAUUUCACUGGACAAACGAGGAAGGUUAGUUCAUUAUAAUGCAUUGCACAUGAUACUGACAUGGAGAGGUCAACUAUAUGAAGAGAGAACAAUGAGCCAUGAUUUAAUCCCUUCUUUAGAAAAUGAGUUGAGGGAAAGGACUUUAGGUGCUGACCGUGUGAUUGAUGAUAUUGACACACAAAUACUUGAUUUUACAAGAGUGGUUCGCAAGAACAUCAACAAUUGGGUGGAGGAUAUUAGGUACAAAAUGGAAAAAUCGUUUCUUUUCUACAAUUACACAAGUGAGAGAGAGCAAGCUCUAUGGGAUAAAGAAUCUUGGAACCUUAAACUUGUGGCAUCUAAGAUCUCGUACCAACUUAACAACAGGAUUGAUAAUGAAGAGUGCAUUUUCUUAUGUGGAGGCAAUGACAAUAAACAAGUGCAAGAAUUUACACUAAAGAUACAGGAAGUUUGUUCCAAAACUCAAAUGAAUAUGAAAAUUACCUACAUUGGAAGAAGUGAAAAGGUGAAGGUAGAAAUGCAAAGGGUGGGUUGUCUUGUAUUUUCUUCUUCAGGUAUUAAGGAGUUUUGGAGACGAAUUCAAAGCAUGGCCUUGUCUAGGAUUCAAUAUUUAAUUGCAAUGGGGCUUGGGGAAGGGAAUGAUGAAAUUAUGCAAGGACUCAAAAAAUUGUUAGCUUACGAAGCUGAAGGUUCAACUGUCGGAGCAUGGGCUUUGUUAAGCAAAGGAAACAGAAUAAUUGCAUGUGAUAUAGGAGAUAAAAUGCUUGGAGUCAUGAAUGAGUACGAGAAAUGGAAAGAUAACGCACAAGCAAAAGGUUUUGAGCAUGCAUUUAGAGAUUGCUAUGAGAUGCUUAGUUAUUCCUCUCAUACUCCAUACCAACACCCUUGUUGUUCUCUCAAUUAUCCUUCUAAUUGUGACAAAAUUCUAGACACCGAGUCAUGCCCUCAGUGUAAUCACAACAUGCAUAAACUUGUCACUUUCUCUUGUUGUCAUACUUUUGAAGAGUAUUAGAGUCAAAUAGAAAGUACAUUGAAUGUGUAUAUGUUCUAUCUCAUGCCAUUUGAGAUUGAAUU